CUCAGUUGACGUCCCAGGCGCGCCUCGCUCGGGUCGUGUCGUGCCUUUCGCCUCCCGCCCAACCCGCUUCCGCCGUCUCUUUCUCUCUGUUCCUCUCCGCUCAUCUCUCUCUAUCUCUCUCUCCCAGAGCCGCUGGCCUGCCGUGCCCGUGUGAGUCGUGUCCGUCACGCGCUUCGCUUUCGCCUCGCCGCGCCGCGCGCAGCCGCGUGCUGGUCACGCGCGCUUGUUGAAGGGAGUCUGAGGCUCGGUCCGAGAUGGGCGCCAAGGAGAGCAUGCUCAUGGAGCGCAGGCACCCGCAGCGCCAGUCGCUAAACCAGGACCGCCAGCAGGGCCUGCAAGGCCAGCAGCAGGCGGUGGGCGCCGCCGACUGCGGCUGCAACAAGGCAUACACACCGGGAGGAGACCCAAACAUGUGGUGACGGCAGCAGGGGGGAGCAGUCGAUGCGAUGGGUAACAAGCUGAGCUGCUCCUGCGCGCCGCUCAUCCGGAAGGCAUACCGCUACGAGGACUCGCCAUGGCAGGGCUCCCGCCGGAGAGACGGCCACCUUCUGAGGCUGUGGGCGGAGGUAUUCCACGUAAGUGCCUCUGGGGCCGGCACGGUAAAAUGGCAACAGGUGUCAGAAGACCUGGUCCCCGUGAAUAUCACCUGUAUACAAGACCAACCAGAAUGCGUGUUCCACAUUACGGCCUACAACAGCCAGGUCGACAAAAUACUCGACGUACGGUUAGUGCAGCCAGGCACCCGCAUUGGGCAGGCGUCCGAAUGCUUCGUGUACUGGAAGGAUCCGAUGACGAACGACACGUGGGGACUGAACUUCACGUCGCCCAUCGACGCGAAGCAGUUCCGCGAGUGCUGCUCGCCGUCUUUCAAGUUCUCGCGGAAGGCGUCAUCGUCCUACUCGCUCAAGCUGGAGCCGCCCAACAAGCAGAAAGUCAAGGUGAAGCGGAAGCCCGUGUCGACGCCGGCGUCACCGUCGCGGGCCAGGGAACCUCAGUGCACGUGUAUGACACCCGAGCAGUAUGCACGGCUGCGGGCGCAGGACCCGCGUUACAGAGUGUCAUCCACUCUGCCUCGCGCGCAAACGCGUAGCCUGGACGAUGGCACUAAGGUGGCGGCGGCCACAUCGAGUACCUCGCUGUACGACAACAUGGGCGUGGCGGGCGGCAGCCAGGUUGCUGGUCAACAGGGCACGCUCCGCGGGCAGCAGGCCGGGCAGCAGGCGGGGCAGGGCGCGGCUGGUGGGCAGGCUGGUCAGCAGGCUGGCCAGCAGGCUGGCCAGCAGGGAGGACAGCAGCCUGUGCCCGCGGCCAGAGCCACGACGGAGACGGCCACCCAGGCGCAGACCCACGGCCAGGCCCACAGUGGACACGCCCAGGGCACCACCGCCCCCGGCAAGGUCUGCACCGCGACGCAGGCGGGCGAUGGCUUUUCAGUGGAGCAGGGCAGUAAGAGUGAGGGAACCCAGGUGGGAGAGUCUGAGCUCGCCUCAGGGAAGGGAGGUGUUCAACGGCACCACCACAUAUUACAGGCGACCAAGUCCAUGGACUACCAGGACAGUGCGGACCUGGUACGGGAAGCGGAGCUGCGGGCGGCUCAGCACAACAUGGCGUACAACAACAACAAUAAUAACAAUAACAACAACAUCAACAACAACUUCCAGAGCAUGCGGCGGUCAACGGCUGCUAACAAGAUGAGCAAGAGCACUGACGAUAUGCGCGCACAAGAAGGUAAUUUGGGUGUAGACUCUAACACUUUAAAGCGGAUGCUCAAGCCGAUGACGUCGGCCGAAAGCCCCGCUACAUCCCCAGAGAUGACUAGACGGCGCUACAACCAUUACAACCAUCACAACCAUUUCAACAACAACACUAUGGAUCCUCGACGGCAACCAGGACGAUUCUCCGCGUCAAGGAAGUGGUCUGAAGGAAUUGCACACUUGCAAGUGCACAACUUGAAGUUGCACGCUAGCAAGUGUUGCACCAGUUCCACACUUUUAUCAGUGUCUUCAAUGCUUAACGACUAUGACAUGAAGCUGUCCCAAAAUACUGAAGUGGUAGUUGCUGGCCCGUCAACUCAGUCGUCCAUUGGGGUCGCCUCGUUUGUUCGCGGGCCAUACAACAACGGGCAAAGUAAUGGGGGUAAUAAUUCGGGCUCGCCGACAAGCCGACUGCUCUUGGAGUAUGAGAUGCACCUCCGGAACACACUAGCCAAGGGAAUGGACGCCGAAAGCUACUCGCUGCACACGUUCGAGGCCCUUCUCUCUCAGAGUAUGGAAAAUUUGGAAUUCGCUGAGAGCUUGCCCUUGAACUCACGCAGCCCCUACCCGAAUAGAAGACGUCCCGGCUCGGCAGCCAGCAUGAACAAAUGCUCGACGCUGCCAUCCCACUUAUCGCACCGCUUGUCAGUAGAGCGGUCCAUCGACCGGCCCGUGGAGCGACCCGGCUCCUCGCGGGAGGGCUACUACUCUGACCGCAACGAGCUGGCGCGCGAGCGGGAGCGCGAAAGGGAGCGGGAGCGGGGCUACCUCAGCGAUCACAAUUCCAGCAGUCGGUGUGCGUCGUGCCUUGGUGAGUCGGCCCGCGCGCAGUGGUUCCGCCACUCGGACGGCUGGAGGUCAGGCAGCUCCGCCUACGGGUCUGGCACGUCGUCCACCAUGACGUCGACGCUGGGCCCGCCGCAGCACCACAUGAGCCUGCAGCGCGGCCACCGCCGCUCGCCCUGGGACUCGCUCCCGUCGCUGAGGCACGACUCAUCGCUCAACGACUCGAGCUACAAGAGCAGCCGCACCGACUCGUUCGACCAGAGGAGUCUGCUAGACCGGCAGGAUUCUCUCCGCUCCGACUAUCUGAGCGACAGAGAUACCCGGUAUGGCAUUGUGCAGCAGGCUUCCAUUGAAAGCACCGACUCCAGGCUAUGCUAUCUUACCUCUUCAGAGGUAAGUUCUUCGGACAAACCUUAGUUAAAAUUUUCGACCUAUUGAAAAGCGAGGGGGCAAUGCCUUCCGCACUAGUUCGUACACCUCCGCCCGAACUACUAAUGGCUUCCCAACUACCAACUUGCAUAGCGUAAUGACGCCUAAUUGUGGCUCACUUACGUUCUAGAGAUCCGGCGUAAUAGCGCCGUUAUAUCAUGAUAAUGUAUAUAAAAUUAUAAAUAAUGAUGCAAGUAGGGUGAACCAACAUGUACUAACGUACUAACGUACUAACUCGUUCUCACUCCUCUGGCCGGAGUCAUUCUCCCUUGAUGCAAAGUACAAACCAAGCACCAUUAUUCCGAAAAUUGUCUUUUUUUAAGCUGGAGUGAUGUCCGUUUUCGUUGCUCCAUUUAAGUGAUAGCGGUCGUCAUUCAAAUAAAGCAAUAUAUUAGAAACCAUCA